GAAAUCGUUUGACAGCGGGGAAAUUUCAAAAAUAAAGACGAGGCGCUUUUGGAGGAAGUUUACUUUCCAGGCGUUGAACAGCAUAAAAAAUGUACAGACCAGGGAAAUGCAAGACUCCACGCAAGCCUUGCAUAAAAAAAGCUUCCCAUGCAGAGAAAGAUCCUGUGGGCGUGUAUUGUCGUAUACGUCCACUUGGAGCAGAGAAUGAGGAAUGUUGUGUUGAAAUGAUCAGCAACUCCACUAUUCAGCUGCAUGCUCCUGAUGGCCUUAAAGCCAACCGCAAUGGAGAAUUCAAAGAGACUCAGUACUCCUUCAAAAAAGUAUUUGGUAUUAAUACCACUCAAAUGGAGCUGUUUGAGGAAGUCGCCAAGCCGCUAGUGGAGGACCUUAUUCAGUGUAAAAAUGGUCUGCUGUUUACAUAUGGUGUCACAGGAAGUGGAAAAACCUUCACUAUGACCGGCUCGCCUGGAGAGGGUGGACUCCUCCCUCGUUCCCUUGACAUGCUCUUCAACAGUAUUGGCCCCUUGCAGGCCAAACGCUUUGUGUUCAAACCAGAUGACAAAAAUGGGAUUGACAUCCAGAAUGACAUUGAUGCUCUCCUGGAGAGACAGAAGCGAGACGCUCAACCUACAGUGCCCAAAACACCCUCCUCCAGGCAGAAGGCAGACCCAGAAUUUGCAGACAUGAUCAGUCCCCAAGAGGCAUGUAAAGCUGAGAAUGUGGAUGAAGACUGUUGUUACAGCAUCUUGGUGUCCUACGUCGAGGUCUAUAACAACUACAUCUACGAUCUUCUCGAAGAUGCCCCCUUUGAUCCCAUCAGACCAAAAGCUCCUCAAUCCAAGAUUCUACGUGAAGAUCAGAAUCAUAACAUGUAUGUUGCCGGCUGCACAGAAGUUGAAGUCAAAUCUACAGAGGAGGCAUUUGAAGUCUUCUGGAAGGGGCAAAAGAAAAGGAGGAUUGCCAACACUCAACUGAACCGGGAAUCCAGUCGUUCCCACAGUGUCUUCACAUUAAAACUGAUUCAGGCACCUCUUGAUGCUGAUGGCGACCACAUUUUGCAGGACAAAAACCAAGUAAAUGUGAGCCAGCUGUGUUUGGUUGACCUAGCAGGUAGCGAGCGCACUAGUCGAACAAGAGCAGAGGGAAGCCGUCUGCGUGAAGCAGGUAAUAUAAAUCAGUCAUUAAUGACUCUGCGCACAUGUAUAGAAGUUCUGCGAGAGAACCAAAUGUGUGGAACAAAUAAGAUGGUGCCAUACAGGGACUCUAAAGUGACUCAUCUUUUUAAGAACUACUUUGAUGGAGAGGGCAAAGUUAAGAUGAUCGUGUGUGUCAAUCCAAAAGCCGAUGAUUAUGAGGAAACCAUGCUCGUAAUGCGGUUUGCAGAGAUGACACAAGAGGUGGAAGUUGCACGGCCGGUUGACAGGCCAAUCUGCGGUCUUGCGGCUGGACGUAGGCAAAAAAAUCAGGCAUUCAGAGAUGAGCUGUCACGUCGUCUGGCUGAUCGAGGUGCUCCCGGUAAUGCUUUAGAUGAUCCAGCUCUGCUCAAUCAACUCAUUGAAAGCUUUCCACCUCUGCCGCCAUGUGAGUUGGUGGACCCGGGAGACGAUCAGACGUUACCACGCCUGAUUGAGGUUCUGGAGAGGAGGCAUCGUAUCCGCCAGCUGAUGGCAGAGCAGUUCAACAAAACUGCCAACAUGCUCAAUUCCGUGGUUCAGCAGUUUGAUGGUCAGCUUGGCGUGAAGGAGAACUUAAUCCAAGACCAGCAAAGCAAACUGUGCGAGAGGGACAAAGUUAUCACCAACCAAAAAACAGAGAUCGAACGGCUAGAAAAAAAAUCCAAGACCCUGGAAUAUAAGAUUGAUAUUCUGCAAAAGACAACCAACAUGUAUGAGAACGACAAACAUUCACUCGAGCGGGAGCUGGAGGCUCGUGCUCAAAAGCUCCAGCAGGAACUGGUGGAAAGGAGGCGAAUGGAGCAGCGCAUGCAGGGCAUGGUCACAGACACCAAACUCAAGUGGGAGAAGGAGUGUGAAAGACGGGUGAAUGCUAAACAGCUUGAGAUGCAAAACAAGUUGUGGGUCAAAGAUGAGAAGCUGAAGCAGCUCAAAGCGAUCGUUUCCGAGAGCAGCAGCAGUAGCAGCGCAGACAGACCACAGAAACCAGAAAGGCCCUCAAGGGACCGAGAUCGCCAUUAUGGACAGAAGAGGUCUGCUUCGCCAUCACCGCUUCCAGAUUUCCGACAAACUCCUUCCCAUCAAAGUCAAGCUCAGAGUAGGGCAGUUCAGGACAAUUCCCCCACCUCCACUUCAUCUUAUCCUUCAGUAGCAACCUCCAUCUUUGAGUGGGAGCAAAGGUGCCCUGUAGACUCAGCCUCCCAGUAUAGAGAAGCGGGGACCCCUCAGUGCAGGAGCCGGACUCCCGCCAUGUGCCAUGACGCCGGCAGAGCAAAUCGCAGGAAAGGCCAACGCUUCAUCUCAGAAACCGAGGCCCCUGCGACGCGUCUGGUCCAUGGACUUGACCUAGAGGCAGGCAUCAGGCCGGCUCGGGAAAUUAAUCCAGUGCACAGACGUUCACACUCUGCAGGUGGGGAGAAAUGGGUAGACCACAAGCCAUCUUCCAAUGUCGACCUUGGCACUGUCAUGCAGCCAAUCAUACCCAAUGCAAUCCAAGUGUCUUCCCCGAGUGAGAAAGCUCUGUCUAAAUGCCACAAGUAUGUGCUUAGGCAUCAAGAGCUUGCCUCUGACGGGGAGAUUGCGACAAAGUUGAUCAAGGGCAAUGUUUUUCGAACCAGAAGUGGUGGCCAGGCUGUCGAAUUCACAGAUGUUGAGAUGCUAAGGCAGGAGUGCCCAAGUGCACCAAGUCGCAAGAGGAGAUCAGGCUCUGCAGAAACACCAGACAACGUGGAGGACCAAGAAAACUGGGCUCCCGUUGCAAGCACAAGCUCUGCCGUUGGGCAUCAAAAACGAAGGAAACCACAGUGAUUUUUUUUUUAUCUGAGUAGCAACAUGGUAUAGUACCUGUUGGCCUACUGGAACAUGAAGAAACAUUUUUUUGUUUUUUACAGUUUAGUGACAUUUUUGAGUGUAAUUACAGUGCACAACAAAAAAAUGACAUUCAGAUAUAUCAUCACAAUGUGCUGGAUUUAGAACUUAGUUUUUGUGGUGUAUUUUUUAUCAAAUAUAUGAACUUUAAAACUCACUGCCACACAAAUGUAUAUUGGUUAAAAUGAGUUUUUCUCGUUUUUAAAUGUCAAGACUUGUUAAAUAUUGUGGUCAUAAAAUUGUGUGACCAGCAUCAACUGUGUAUAUAGUGAAGUGUAUUUUGUUGAACUUGACAUUCUGUAAAUCAGUGGAAUGAUGCUUUUUUUUCCCGAUUCUGUUCAGGAAAAUACAUUAUAAGGCACACUGCU